AUGACGACCCCAACUUCUUCCUCCUCCUCCUCCUCCUCCUCCUCCACCUUCAUCGACUGCUACGCAACCCUCAACAUCCACCCGCACGCCGACCUCAAAGAGAUCAACAGCGCCUACAAGCGGCUCGCGCUGAGGUAUCACCCGGACAAGACCGAGGGAAGUGACGCGGAGACGUUCCAGAAGAUCCUCUACGCCGUCGAAACCCUCCGCGACCCCAACCACCGCGUCGCCCACGAUGCCGCCCUCGACGAACACCGUUGCCGCAAUCUGAAGUACAACCUCCAUACCACCGCAGACGCCGGGGCCUUCUUCCGCCGCAGCUACCACCGCCACCACCACCACCACCACCAGCAUCGUGCCGACGACUCAUACAGCCAGAGCCGGUACGAGGCUUCCUAUCGCCACAGCGUGCAUAUGGAUCCUACGGCGCCGGAGUCCAUUGAAAUCAUGGAGCAGAUGCGUCGGGACCGGGAGUACAGUGAGCAGCUGGAGCGGGAGCGGGAGCAGGAGGCUCGGGAGGCGGAGGCUCGGGAGGCGGAGGAGGCUGCUGCUGCGGCUGCUGCGGCUGCUGCGGAGUUAUUUCAGGAGGGGGGAGAUGGGGAAGGGGUGGGAUAUGACCGGGACCGGGCCCGUGUGGUGGAUGAUGAGUUGAGUUCUUGGUCUUCUUCGUCGGAGGAGCCGAUGGGGUAUUAUGAUGAGAGUGGGUUUGUGGUGACGAGGAAGAAGGAUAAGAAGAGGAAGAAGCAGGUAAAGGGGAAGGGGAAGGGGGUGGAGGAGGGAGAGAUGACUGAGGAAGAACACGAAAAGGAGGAGACUUGGAUUGGGUAUUCGGAUAAGACGGCUUAUUGGUCGGAGGAGAAGCAGGCUAAGGAUCUGGCUCAGGAGGAGAGGCACGCCAAGUUGAUAGCUAGUCUGUUGGAUCCGGAUGCGAGCUGGAGGUCUAUGAAGUAUUCUUGGGGGCGGCAACAGGAGGAGGAAGUUGAGGAUGCGAACAAGGAGAAGUCUGAAAGGGAUUUCAAGGAGGAAUAUGAUGAGGAGGGAGAGGAUGAGGAGGACGACGACGACGACGACGACGACGAAGAGGAAAGGGAAGACGAGAAAGACAGCGAGGAGGAGCAGUCUGACGAAGAAGGCAGUGCUGACAACCUAUCAGAGGGUGAAUCCGAUGGACAGGAGGAAAGCACCUCCAUGGGUAAUCUGAUUGAUCUCGAAGACGAUGCCAAUGACCACGCGAAGAUGCCCACUGUGGCCAGCAAAGGAAGCACCGGAUCUGCAACCGAAGUCGUGCCUGAAGACCACCAUCAAUCAGCCGAUCUAGUAGACUUGGUUGACGACGAGAACUUGCAGGCAACUGAUAAAGCGGACAAUGAUCUGGGAGAAGGCAAUGAGAAGGUGGAUCUGGAAGGACAGCCAGGCUGUACGCAAGGACAAAAAGACGCUGACUGGAAGGAGAACGAUGAAUGUUAUGGAACCCCCGGGGCCGAAGUCUUCCACGAAAUGUUCUGCAAAGAGGAUAUUGGCCCGAAGCGGAAAGAAGUUUGCAUGUGUGGAAGGGUCGAGGGUAUCGCAGACGAUGAAGAGGACUGGCUCCGGUAUCCUGGCCAGAUGCCCUGGGGCAUGAGCUUGCCAGACAAGUUCUCCAAGGACAGCACAACCGACGACGACGAUGAAGAUGACAACGAAGACACAGACGACGAAGAUAACGACUCCGAGGGAGAUGAAGUCGAUGGUGGCGAAGGAGAAGACUUGGAAGACGACUCCGUUAAAGACGACUCGACAGUCCACAACCACAACCCACACACGAACCACGACGAUCACGGUCACGAUCACGAUCACGAUCACCCCCAAACCCCACCAAAGACCUCAACCAGCCCCAAUGGCUACAUCGACACCCCCUCCGAAACCAACUCCCACUCCGCAACCUACUACCACUUCCACGAGCCCAAAACCGAGCACCCAGCCGCCGCAGAGCAAUCCGACUCCGACUUCGUGACCGCGUACGAAGACCUCGCCAUUUCCACCGACUCCCUCACCAGGCCCACCACCAUCAUCGCAGCACCCCCACACGGCCUCAGCGCCUACCUCACGCCGCUGCUCCCCUACUUCGAGUCCAAGCUCAACCGAAGCGACGGCCAGUACACCCCGGACGACAUAGUCGUGGAAUGCCGCGGGAUCAUCCUGGAGACCUUCUGCGGGUGGAUGGAAGGCGUGCGGCGGACGUUCCGGGAUGCGGCGACGCGUGGGUGCAACGAGGGCCAUGAAUGCCGCCAUCUGGGGUACUGGGACAAAGCCUAUGGGCAGGCGGAGUGCAAGAUUUGCGGGCAGUGGGAGCCGAUCUUUACGCUCACCUGCCCCGGUUGCGGGCUGGAGGCGUGCGUGGCGUGCAAGUUUACGGCGCCCGCGGCUUAGAUCGUGAUCGUAGUCUGUUGUUGCCUGGGACGGGAUCUUAUGAUGGUGAACAGUUAAUGGGCUGAAAUAACGGGAGA